AUGGAGGGAGGACGAUUAGAGGAAUAUAGAGGAGCUCUCGUCUAUUACAUCAGCAUGGUCUUCCAGGAAUUAAAAAUGAUCAGAUUAUUUGGGAACAAACAAAAGAAGGAAGAGAAACAAAGGAAAAAGGAACUCAAGCAGCAAAAGCGUAAGGGGAAAGGCAGUGCUGCUGCAAAUGGCAGUAAAGAACAAGAAGGUUGGGAGAUGCAGGGAUAUCCAGGAGCCCCAACGGGUCCAGGAUAUUAUGGACAACAUAAUGUGCCUCAAAUGUGGCAUGGCGAUCCACAAUACGGUAUACCUCCACAAUUUGGACCUGGUGGUCAAAUAUACCCUGGUCCUCCAGGAAUGGGACCUAAAGAUCAAAGGUACCCUGGUCCUCCAGGAAUGGGACCUAAUGAUCAAAGGUACCCUGGUCCUCCAGGAAUGGGACCUAAUGAUCAAAGGUACCCUGGUCCUCCAGGAAUGGGACUAAAUGAUCAAAGGUACCCUGGUCCUCCAGGAAUGGGACCUAAUGGCCAAAGGUACCCAGGUCCUCCAGGAAUCGGCCCUAAUGAUCAAAGGAACCCUGGUCCUCCAGGAAUGGGCCCUAAUGACGAAAGGUACCCUGGUCCUCCAGGAAUGGGACCUAAUAAUCAAAGGUACCAUGGUCCUCCAGGAAUGGGACCUAAUGACGAAAGGUACCCUGGUCCUCAAAGAAUGGGCCCUAAUGACGAAAGGUACCCUGGUCCUCCAGGAAUGGGACCUAAUGACGAAAGGUACCCUGGUCCUCCAGGAAUGGGACCUAAUGGCCAAAGGUACCCAGGUCCUCCAGGAAUGGGGCCUAAUGAUGAAAGGUACCCUGGUCCUCCAGGAAUGGGGCCUAAUGGCCAAAGAAGGCCUGGUCGUCUACAACAGAGACCCAAUGGCCAAAGACAGCCUGGUCGUCCACAACAGAGACCCAAUGGCCAAAGAAGACCUGGUCGUCCACGACAGAGACCCAAUGGCCAAAGAAGGCCUGGUCGUCCACGACAGAGACCCAAUGGCCAAAGACAGCCUGGUCCUCCACGACAGAGACCCGAUGGCCAAAGACAGCCUGAUCCUCCACAACAGAGACCUGAUGACCAAACACGGCCUAGAAGGCCUGGCCCUAGAUUUGAACGUUCCAGUUUGCUAGAAGAGUAG